UUUGCAGGGACGCCUUCAUUGUAAACUGCAUCGAUGUGUAGCAGGUGUGUAGCGGUAUCCACAGGUUAAAAAAGCGAGGCAUCCCCCCCACACAGCAAAACUAGGGCACCCCGUGCAGACCGAGGGGUGCAAACCACCACAGAGGAGCUCAAACCGCGUUGAUUUCUUCAUUUAAAAAACACAAGACGCCUUCUUUGCUGGGCAGGAGUCUGGACCCGGAUCUCUGUCAUUGUCGUUUUUGAAUUAACCAAAACAGGAAAAGCUGCAGCGAGAUGUGACCCGUUUUUUUUAGACAAGAAAGCGGAAUGAUGUGCUUUGACAAGGGACCGCGUGGAUUCAUCACGCAUCUUGUCCACGGCACGGCCAGAAGCCGCAGCGAUCUCCUUCCUUGUUUUUGUCGGGUGUCUCGUUGCGUUGUGUAUGCGAGCGCAGCAGCGCCUCAUCGGAAGCCAGCGUGUGUGUGAUUGCUUCAGACCGAGCCUGCUGAACGGUUGCAAGCACCAGUUGUAUUUUGAUAUCCUUAUCUCACCGGAGUUGCACAAUAACAGUAACAGCCUGCUGUGAAGCAGCUAUAUACAGUACAGACCAACACCGUGUGCGUGCGUGAAGUGUCCGCGUCGGGAGAAGGCUUACUUGGAAAAUUACAAGUCAUGGGAACGUGGAGAAGUUUGAAAUCGCGACACAAGGAAGCGCAGCCGGCGGAGACCUCUCUUCACAGUUGGCCGGUUAUGUGGCUCUGUCUGGCGCUGGCAACGCUGACUAUCCCGAGUGUCGCGACCGCCAAGAUCGUCGUCAUUCAAAAAGAUGCCAACUUCGAUGUCAGCUACAAUGACAGCGUCACCGACGAGCUGCAAAACGUCUAUGCCUUUAACCACACCGUGUCCAGACACAAGACGGAGGGUGUGCGUGUCUCUGUCAACGUGCUGUCGAAAGCUGUGGAGAACCCCAUCCUCUUCGUGGUCCGGCAGAAACAAGCUGUCGUCUCCUUCCAGGUGCCUCUCAUCCUGCGUGGGCUUUACCAGCGGAAGUACGCGUACCAGGAUGUCGCUCGCACGCUGUGCCAGCCGCCCACGCACAGAGACAUGGAGAUGCAGUUCUUCUACGUGGACGUGUCCACACUGUCCCCCCUCAACAUUUCCUACCAGCUGAGAGUGAGCCGCGUGGACAGCUUCGUCCUGCUGACUGACAAGCUUUUCAAUUUCAUCGCCAACCCAGCCCAGCCCCAGUAUUUCAAGUACGUGUUCCCAGAGGGAGUGGACUCCGUCAUUGUGAAGGUGGACUCGGAGUCAGCCUUCCCCUGCUCUGUCAUGUCCAUACAGGAUAUCCUGUGCCCCGUCUAUGAUCUGGACAACAACGUGGCCUUCCUGGGAAUGUACCAGACCAUGACCAAGAAGGCAGCCAUCACCGUGCAGAGGAAGGAUUUCCCCACGAACAGUUUCUACGUGGUGGUGGUCGUGAAGACGGAGGACGAGGCGUGUGGAGGACCGCUGCACUUCUACCCUCUGCAGCCAGAUAAGCUGAUUAACCCUGGAAACCGCAGCAAAGUGCUGGAUGUGAUUGUGACUCCCGCCAUCAAAUCGGAGGCCUAUGUGAUGGGCAUGCUGUUCUGUCUGGGAAUCUUCCUGUCGUUCUACCUGCUGACGUUCCUGACUGCAUGCCUGCAGAACAAACGGAUGCACAAGAAGAGGGAGGGGCUUCUCAACACUCCACAUGCGUCGCCUGCGGAAACAGCCUCCCUGCUAGGGAAAGGCCUGACCCCGGGAUCCCCCUGCGAGGGAUACAACUAUGGCUCCUUCGAGAACGGCUCCCUGAGUUCAGAGGCCAUCACUGACAGCAUGGCGUCGGGGGACACCAGCUACGGAUACCUGGAACGUUCCCUGGACAGCAUGGCGGGACGCCUGCGGCAGGAGUCUCUGAGCUCCGUGGAGGAGGACGAGUACGACACGCUGGCCGACAUCGAAUCGGACAAGAACGUCAUCCGCACCAAGAAGUUCCUGUAUGUCUCUGACCUGGCUCGCAAGGACAAGAAGAUCCUGAGCAAGAAAUACCAAAUCUACUUCUGGAACAUUGCUACCAUUGCAGUCUUCUAUGCGCUGCCUGUCAUUCAGCUGGUGAUAACCUAUCAGACGGUAGUGAACGUGACAGGAAACCAAGAUAUCUGCUACUACAACUUCCUGUGUGCACAUCCGCUAGGAGCACUGAGUGCCUUCAACAACAUCCUGAGUAACCUGGGCUACGUCAUGCUGGGGCUGCUGUUCCUCCUCAUCGUGCUACAGAAAGACAUUCUCCACAAGAGGGCGCUGGAGCGCAAAGAGCUGGCUGCACUGGAGUGUGGGAUCCCGAAGCACUUUGGUCUGUUCUACGCCAUGGGCACGGCUCUGAUGAUGGAGGGGCUGCUCAGUGCCUGCUACCACGUGUGCCCAAACUACACCAACUUCCAGUUCGACACCUCGUUCAUGUAUAUGAUCGCUGGGCUCUGCAUGCUGAAGCUCUAUGAGAAGAGACACCCCGAUAUCAAUGCCAGUGCCUACAGUGCCUACGCCUGCCUGGCCAUGGUCAUCUUCUUCUCUGUGCUGGGAGUGGUCUUUGGGAAAGGGAACUCUGUGUUCUGGAUCGUGUUCUCUGUCAUUCACAUCUUGGCCACCCUGCUGCUCAGCACUCAGCUUUACUACAUGGGCCGCUGGAAACUGGACUCUGGUAUCCUGCGCAGGAUCCUGUACGUUGUGUACACAGACUGUAUCCGGCAGUGCAGUGGACCCAUGUACAUUGACCGCAUGGUGCUGCUGGUGAUGGGGAACAUCGUCAACUGGUCCCUGGCAGCGUUCGGCCUGAUCGUUCGACCCAACGACUUUGCCUCCUACCUGCUGGCCAUCGGGAUCUGUAACCUGCUGCUGUACUUCGCCUUCUACAUCAUCAUGAAGCUGCGCAGUGGCGAGCGGAUCCAGCUCCUUCCCUCCUUCUGUAUCCUCUUCACCGCUGUGGUCUGGGGCUUCGCUCUUUUCUUCUUCUUCCAGGGACUCAGCACCUGGCAGAAAACCCCGGCGGAGUCGCGGGAGCACAACCGAGAGUGCAUCCUGCUCGGCUUCUUCGAUGACCACGACAUCUGGCACUUCCUGUCCUCCAUCGCCAUGUUCGGCUCCUUCCUGGUGCUCCUCACCCUGGAUGAUGACCUGGACUGUGUCCAGAGAGAUAAGAUCUAUGCGUUCUGAUGGGGCGACUCCUGGGCGCUGCCUCCAAGUGCUGCUGCUGCCAUACCAGCCAAUGAGAGCCUCCCUGUGAGGAGGAGGGGGGCCUGGACAGCCAAUCGGAGCCUGUCUGUGAGGACAGAGCCCCUCCCCCUAUUGUUUAUGGACGCUCACUGUGCCAAUGAAAAGACUGCAUUCCUCUGGGGCCUUUUCACAGGGAGGGACUGAAAUGAAGCGAGACUGUUGGUUCCAGCGGGACCCUCCCUGCCCACCCCCAGUCUCUCUGAUGACGAGUGCCCCAGUCAGAGUUGCAUGUUAAUGCCUUGUUCACAGCCUCCGACCUGGAUAUUUCAAUGCUGUAAGGAGGCAGUGGCGGUUCUCGGUACGCAGUCCCCCUCCUCUAACUCUGCGUUGUUAACCUGGGCUGCCCCUCCCCUGGUAACAUCACUGUCUGAACGCAGCACUGGAAUACCAAGCUUCUGGAACGUGAUUCCAAGUCACCUGGGUUCAAAUCGGACAGGAUGGUGAGAGCGGGCUGACUCCGGGGCCAGUUCUGUGUACCGGUCGGGUCGGGUCGGGUCUGCUCCAUGGCCCAACUGUAUUCUCUACCUUACUGUCUGGAACAGCGCCCUGCCUCCACUGCCUGCAUGACCCCAUGACCCCCCCGGAGGGUGGCCUGGCCACUUCGUUAGGAACGGGUCUGUCCUGCGCCAGUGGCCACACCUCCCUUUCGAAUUGCGUUGUGAAGUUUGUGCUCUGUGCCGGGCGGCUGACUCCUACCUGCAUUCACGAGUCCCACAGGAGGGGCUGCUGCUGCUGCUGCUCUUUGAUCUUUGCUUCCACCAUUUCUUUUUUAGUUCUUAGUUUUAGUUUGUUUUUGGUUCUUAAGGAACCCGUGCAGGCCUGUGCUCAGGGGCCGGCUCCAGUGGCUGUUUGCUUGUUGCUGUGCCGUGGCACUCCUACACGAUGCCCUGCACACACACACAAUAGCACAGCCCCAGUAGAAUCCCUGCGCUCCUCUGCUGUGCUGUGGGACUCCUACACGAUGCCCUGCACACACACACAAUAGCACAGCCCCAGUAGAAUCCCUGCGCUCCUCUGCUGUGCUGUGGGACUCCUACACGAUGCCCUGCACACACACACAAUAGCACAGCCCCAGUAGAAUCCCUGCGCUCCUCUGCUGUGCUGUGGCACUCCUACACGAUGCCCUGCACACACACACAAUAGCACAGCCCCAGUAGAAUCCCUGCGCUCCUCUGCUGUGCUGUGGCACUCCUACACGAUGCCCUGCACACACACACAAUAGCACAGCCCCAGUAGAAUCCCUGCGCUCCUCUGCUGUGCUGUGGGACUCCUACACGAUGCCCUGCACACACACACAAUAGCACAGCCCCAGUAGAAUCCCUGCGCUCCUCUGCUGUGCUGUGGCACUCCUACACGAUGCCCUGCACACACACACAAUAGCACAGCCCCAGUAGAAUCCCUGCGCUCCUCUGCUGUGCUGUGGGACUCCUACACGAUGCCCUGCACACACACACAAUAGCACAGCCCCAGUAGAAUCCCUGCGCUCCUCUGCUGUGCUGUGGCACUCCUACACGAUGCCCUGCACACACACACAAUAGCACAGCCCCAGUAGAAUCCCUGCGCUCCUCUGCUGUGCUGUGGGACUCCUACACGAUGCCCUGCACACACACACAAUAGCACAGCCCCAGUAGAAUCCCUGCGCUCCUCUGCUGUGCCGUGGGACUCCUACACGAUGCCCUGCACACACACACAAUAGCACAGCCCCAGUAGAAUCCCUGCGCUCCUCUGCUGUGCUGUGGCACUCCUACACGAUGCCCUGCACACACACACAAUAGCACAGCUCUGAAUGGUGUUGCAGUGUUUCAGUUUCAGUCGCGUUCUUGCUCCGCGGUUGUGAAUGAUCGUUGCUGUUGUUUUAUAAACUCUUUGAUUCGUUACGAAUGUUUCGUGGCCUUUAUAAAUGUGUUGAACAAUAAAUACGUGUUUCUGUAAAAAAAAAAAAAAAAAGUAUUGUAACAAACAGUGACGCCAAUGGGAAAAAGAAUAAACUGAAUGCAUUUCAUGUUUAAUGAAGACUGAAGAUAACGGUGUGCUUUCAAACAGUAAACUCUGUGGAGAACGGGAUUAAAAGAGGUUUUGAACAUU